AUGGAGGAGGCGGAGCGCGCCAGGAGGGGGGUGGGCUCCAGGGAGAAGGUGGAGAAGGCGGUGAUGAUUUGGUGGGGUUGUAGGGGUCCUCGUCUCCGUCGCCGGAGCGUUGCGCUUGCCGUAGCCUGUGAAGGGGACGAGAGGGAGGAGCCAGAGGUUGAAGAAGAGGGAGAGGAUUUCGAUUUGGGGGGGGAUUUCAAUUUUGGAGGGUUUCUUAAUGUUAUUUUGGGCGGAACUUUUGGGUUGGGAGGGGGAAUUUCGAUUUUGGAGGGAGGGAACUGUGUGAAGACGAGCUUAAGUGAAGAAAGCCAGAGCCAGGGCCGGGACUUGAAGUUGAACGGGCUGGUUGAUUUCUUGUAUAAUGAUCUCCAACACUUCUUCGACGACCGAGGGAUUGACCCCUCGAUCUAUGAUGACCGGGUCAAGUUCCGCGAUCCCAUCACCAAGUUUGAUAGCAUUGGCGGCUACCUUUUCAACCUUCGGCUAUUGAAGUUUUUUUUCGACCCGAAAUUUAUGCUUCACAGUGUCAGUCAGACAGGGCCUUAUGAAAUUACAACAAGAUGGACAAUAGAAAUGACACCGGUUCUUCUACCGUGGAAACCACAGUUCGUCGUCACAGGUGUAUCUAUCAUGGAGAUCAACCCUAACAGUCAAAAGUUCUGCACUCUCGUGGAUCACUGGGAUUCUGUAGAAGACAAUGAUUAUUUUUCUUUGGAAGGUUUCAUAGAUGUCAUGAAGCAGCUGCGAAUCUACAAGACUCCUGACUUGCAAUUGCCAAAGUAUCAUGUCCUGAAAAGAUGUGCAGCAUAUGAGGUGAGGAAAUAUGAUCCAUUUAUGAUGGCUGAGACAAAAGGGGAUAAGCUCUUUGGGUCAUCCGGUGAUCUUGAUGAGGUUGUUGGGUACAUAUUUGAAAAGAAUUCUUCCUUGGAGAAGAUCACAAUGAGCAUUCCUAUCUCUGUUCAGAUAGUUCUACCAAUUAACAAAGAGCUGGACAAGUUAUUAGCAGAUCCUACUACUGGCACGGUUAAAUUAAUAAAAGUGGAAGGGGGAAUCGUUGCAACAAUGAAAUUUAGUAGGAAAAUCACUGAGGAGCUUGUCCGUAAUAAGGAGAAGGAACUACGUUUUGCAUUACUUAAAGCUGGUCUGAAGCCUCAAUCUCCAAGCGGUUGCAUGUUAGCUUGUUAUAAUGAUCCUAUUCGGUCAUGGAGCUUUCUAACGAGGAACGAGGUGCUGAUAUGGCUUGACGAUUUCACCUUAAUAUAAUUUAUACACAAGUUAAACACUUUAUGAUGCAAGAUCAUGAAUUAAUGAUCAAAUAAAGAUUGG